GGUCACAGUGUCUCCCCAGUUCACGUCUCGACCGGGAAACCAGAAUCGCAGGUAUCGCGAAGAUCCUCAACACCAAAUAGCAGUCAGCAGAUAUAUCAGCCGGUGUUUUAUUUCAGACUCCGUGAGCAGCAGUUCAUGGACACUUACCUUUUAAGGAUUUAGUGACUUGAAUACUAGGACGAUGUGGGCGUGGAUGUGGACUAGUGCCUUGAUUCAAGGACCAAAACAGGACCAUAGAGGGCACUGAAGAAAUGAAGAUCAAACUAAAAAUCAUCUUUGGCUACGUUGGCUGAAAAAUUUGAAUGACCAAUUCUUGAAUUAAAAGACAUUUAAAGUAUUGCAUUUUUUUUCUUAGUGGUGGUAUAUACACAGUCACCUUGUAUGUUUAAGUUUAAAAUCUACUUGUGUGCACAAAGUACAUCAUUGAGAUACAGGUCAUUAAGAACUUAAUUACAACAUUGAGUAUCAAACCCAGGACUCCCACACUGAGCUAUACUCCCAGCCCUAAUUCUGAUUCUUGAUUAUCAGAUUUUUUUUUUUUUAAGAAUGUCUGUGGUACAUCAUAUGCCACCUGGGUGGUUAUUGGACCAUCUUUCUUUCAUUAACAAAGUAAACUAUCAAUUUCACCAGCAUCAAGAGACUUUUUGUAGUGAAAACAAGCCCACUUCUUCUGUCUACCUGGAUUCUCUUCGGCUGGAUCCCAUGUCUCCUUUUGGAGCUCCUGUUACAAGCUCUGCUCCUGACUCCACUACUGUGUCGGGCAACGAGGAUGGAGGAAGUUGUGAAAUGAGCACCCAAAAAUAUGUUUUCCGAUCUGAGCUAUUUAAUGUCACCAAACCUUACAUAACUCCAGCUGUUCACAAAGAGCGCCAACAAACUAACAAAUAUGAAAAUCUAGUGACCAGUGAUAAACAAGAGGUCUCUGUUUCUGCUGGGAAGAAGCGUAAAAGAUGCGUUGCUUUCAAUCAAGGUGAAUUGGAUGCCAUGGAGUAUCAUACAAAGAUCAGAGACUUGAUUUUGGAUGGAUCUUCGCAGUUAAUCCAAGAAGGUCUCAGAAGUGGUUUCCUUUACCCACGUGUUGAAAAACAGGAUGGAAGUAGCAGAUCCAUCACUUUGCCACUUGAUGCCUGCAAUUUGUCAGAGUUAUGUGAGAUGGCAAAGCAUUUGCCUUCCUUAAGUGAAAUGGAGCUUCAAACGCUACAGUUGAUGGGAGAUGAUAUGUCUGUUAUAGAGCUGGAUUUAUCCUCACAGGUCAUUGAAAACAACUCCAGCUUUUCCAAAAUGAUUACUUUAAUGGGACAGAAAUACCUGCUGCCACCAAAAAGCAGCUUUCUUUUGUCUGACAUUUCUUGUAUGCAGCCACUUCUUAACUAUAGUAAGACAUUUGAUGUAAUUGUGAUCGAUCCCCCGUGGGAGAACAAAUCAGUUAAAAGAAGUAACAGGUACAGUAGUUUAUCACCACAGCAAAUAAAGCGAAUGCCUGUCCCUAAGCUGGCUGCUGCUGACUGUCUCAUUGUUACUUGGGUGACCAACAGGCAGAAGCAUCUGUGUUUUGUGAAGGAGGAACUAUAUCCUUCGUGGUCUGUGGAAGUCAUUGCAGAGUGGUACUGGGUAAAAAUCACAAAUUCAGGAGAGUUUGUGUUCCCAUUGGAUUCUCCACACAAAAAGCCUUAUGAAUGUCUUGUACUGGGGAGAGUUAAAGAAAAAGCUGCUUUAGCAUUAAGGAACGCAGAUGUAAGAGUACCCCCUGUUCCAGAUCAGAAGUUGAUUGUCAGUGUGCCCUGUGUUCUUCACUCACACAAGCCACCUCUUGCUGAAGUUCUGAAAGACUACAUCAAGCCAGGUGGCCAGUGCUUGGAAUUGUUUGCUCGGAAUUUACAGCCUGGUUGGAUGAGUUGGGGCAACGAAGUCCUCAAGUUUCAGCACAUGGAUUAUUUCAUUGCUCUGGAGUCUGGAUGCUGACUGUAAAAGUUGUGCUGUCUUUACCCUGGCUCCUUCCUUCAAACUCAUUUCCCCUUGCUUGUACCAGUCAGUGCGCUUAGACAUAUGAACUUUUAUACCAUUCAGUGUACCCAGAAAUGUAAAUUUUCUACCAAUCAGUGUGCAUAGAAAUAUACAUACAUCUCCCACAGUCCAUUGCAGUGAGUCCCUUCCUUCCUUCCCUGAUCUCUGGCAAGCAGUGGUUUGUUUUCUCAUGUUAGUGUUUCCUGCUUAGAAACUCCUGGAUAUGGAGUCAUAUGGUGCAGAAACCGUUGCAUCUGGCUUCUUCCACUUAGCAUUCAGGAAAACCACUGGACACUGUUUAUAAACCACUCCCUGCUUACUUAGGAGAUGGUUAGACUGAAAGUGCUUGGACAAGCUCGCUUUACCUACUCACUGAUUUCAUCAAACAUUGAUUUUGAGGUUUGUUCAUCUUUUGAGGGUGUAAGGCUAAUAUCUUUUAUUAUUCCUUUAAACUGCCAGUUGAAUACAAGGCUCACUGAAUUAUUAAGUAUUCCUUUAAGCUUUCUAUGGAGUUUUCCUGUCUAAAUUUUUUCAUUUGUUUGUUUUAUGCACUAGAUAUCCUGACCCACACCUGACUUUCUGCCUUAAAAAUAAAACCAUGGCCACACCUA